AUGGACAAAAUUACAUCGCCGUGUUUUGAUUUAACAUCUUACCAAACUGAUUAUUUGAGACCCAUUCCUAUCAUCUUUAACUCUGACUUUUAGUGGGAUGAUAACAUGGCAAUAAAUAAUGUUUAGUGGAAUUAUUCUCUAGAAGUUAAUCAUGAUAAAGUGAGUCAAGUCAGAGAAAUAAUACAGAAUACUUGUACAACAGAAAUAAGUGAUGAAGAAUAAAAAAUUUUAUUCAAUUAUUUACAAAAUGAAAAAGACUUGCUUAAGAAUUGCGGAUUCACUUGUCAAAGAUUACCAUAAAUUAUAGAAAAAAAUAAGGAGAUUGCACACUUUUUAUUGAUAUCCAUCUGUCACUUUGAUGGAUUCGAAGAAUACUUAGAUGUUUUCAUUCAAAGUGAUGUAACUCAAAACUCAUUAGAAUUAUUUGCAUAACUUUUUGGAGAACUUAAAUUGCCAUUGGAGUAUAUCACACAAUAUAUCAAUUACUGUAUUGAGUAUUGCAAUAAUAUUAAGGAAAAAUAGUAGCAAAACAAGCUUGUUAGAUAUGUUUCAAUAUUUAUUUAGCAUAUGCUCAAAUAAAAAGCAUUUGCCACAAAGGAUGUGUUAACCAACUUAUAAGCCUUUUGUAUUGAGUUCUCCAAAGUAGGUGAAGUGUCAAAACUUUUUAAAUUAGUUAAAGCAUAAGAAUCCACGACCUUGUGA